UAGAGUAGUAGAAAGGAGGAGUGAAUUUAGAGAAAAAAUUAGGCGAAAUGACUUUGGGACUGAUCAAUGCAAAUCCAGUGGUUCACGCUAAGAAGGAAAGAAUCGCUCGUGUAGAUGAUCUUCCUCACGCCGAUGACGCUGUUGAUCCUCUCGAAAUUUAUGAUUUUGUGAGGGAUAUAAGAGAUCCGGAGCAUCCGUAUUCUUUAGAGCAGCUGAGUGUACUCUCCGAGGAGUCCAUAACUGUUGACGAGAAGCUUGGGCGCAUUCUGAUAACUUUCACCCCAACCAUCCAGCACUGUACCAUGGCAACUGUCAUUGGCCUCUGUUUGAGAGAGAAGUUGAAGAAUUGCUUCCCUCUACAUUUUAAGGUGGAUAUAAAAGUGUCUCCUGGAUCUCAUGCGGACGAAGAGUCAGUUAAUAAGCAGUUGAACGAUAAAGAACGGGUUGCUGCUGCGAUGGAGAACCCAAAUCUUCGCCAGCUUGUAGAUGAGUGUCUCUAUUCAAGUGAGCUUUAAACGAACUAUGCCUUUUAUUUCCUAACGAAUUGUAUAGUAGAUCAACUUGUCUUUAACAAAUGCUAUCUGGACAUGGAUUUUGUUUUACGAGAUUUUAUCACUCUUAAUGCUAGGAUCGGAGUAAUAUAAUGAUGAAUCUGUUUGAUAGUGUUGAUUGACGUGAA